AUGCGUCUCCUCGACACGCGGACAGGUCUCUUCGUCUUCGCCCACGAUCCUCGCCAGAUACGCUAUGCGAUUGUCUCGCAUACAUGGGACCCGAACGGAGAGCAGUCCUAUCAAGUCGUACUGGAGAUCCACAAGCGCUACAAGCAUAUCUUUGCGCAGACCCCACCCCACACAUCCGAUGAUGCCACAAUCGAAGUGCAGCCUGAUCCCAUCUACGACUCCAUGGCGGCAUCGGGGAGCCCCGACGACAGCCCUGCGGGUGCUGGCAAAAUGGCUCCCCCCGAGAGUUCGAAGAAUUCUGCAUCCGCAGACGAUACCAGGAGCCCAGCGUCCGAAGACAGUGCGGAGAGCCCCGAUUCUGAGGGGGACGCGAAGAGCCGAGUGUCCGAUGGCGCAGAGAGCGCAAAGAGUCCUGACUCCGGAUACGGCACUCACACUGAAGAGUGGUAUCCCUGCUCCACCCCACGAGCUCUGUCAAUGGUCGGCGGCGUACCUAUGGGCGACCUUCCUCCUUGGGAAGAGCAGCGGUGUAUCGGCGUCUCCAGCCGCUUCCGGUACCCCUCGACAAACCCAAAGUGGGCUGUCUUUGAGCUCCAUGGUCCCACGCAGAAAACGGUGCGUACACUGCGGAUCAGUUUCCGCCGGGGCGAGCGCGGAGACCCCUCUGAGAUCAUGCGCGCCCGGGUCGCCUUGGAGCUGUCGGAGCCGCACAUGUCGACGAAGAUAUCGGAGGGCCCGUCGAUCCCCUCUGACUACACCCCAGUGGAGCCCGACAAGGAUAGGGUAUUGCGCGAGCACCAGGGGACGAAGGACACGCUGAUGCUGUAUAUGUGGAGGCACUGGUCCACAAGCACGUGCGUACAUGCGCCCGAAGGCCCGGUCUUCGAACGAUCUGCUGCGUUGGUUAACAUGCUCGGGGAGGAAAGCAAUGAGUCGCGGUGCAACCCUUGGCAAUUGUGGUGA